UGACCCACUGUUUACACCAGCAUCUAGAAUUGUCCAGAAAACAUCUCUGAGGGGUUCUUGAAGACACUGAAGAGUCAGGCUUUGGGGGAUUUUUUCCCCCCAGCUAGCAGAUCUUCUUGGGAGUUCUCAUUCUAGCCUGGCAGACAGAGGCCUGCCUAGGUCUCCUGCCUAAGUGACAUCUUGGAAGAGAAAAGGGUCACUCCCAGCAGCUGGUCUAGAAGAUAGGAGCAGGGAGGGAGUAGGAGUCAAUAAACCUGACAGCAGGCUCACAAGAGGAGUGAGGGAAAUUUGCUUUUUCGAGGCUUUAAACCAACAGAAGUCCAUCAUCUUCACCAGUGUGGACAUAGAUUUGGAGAGAGAACCCAGAGGCAACAGUGCGAGGUCAGCAUUUCCUGUGCUGUGGAUUCGGGUAGCCUGAAGCCAUGGGGCAAGCUCUGAGUAUCAAGAGCUGUGACUUCCACGUGGCAGAAAACAAUGAGGAGCACCAUACCAGUGCCAUCAGCUCCCAGCACCUUAUUUUGAGGAGGGGACAGUCCUUCACUAUCACCCUGAACUUCCGGGCCCCAACCCACAAAUUUCUGUCUGCCCUGAAGAAAGUGGCUCUCAUUGCACAAACAGGAGAGCAGCCUUCCAAGACCAAUAAGACCCAAGCCAUCUUCCCUAUUUCCUCUCUUGGAGACCAGAAAGGAUGGAGUGCAGCAGUGGAGGAAAGAGACGCCCUACACUGGACCAUCUCUGUGACCACGCCCGUGGAUGCUGUCAUUGGCCGCUACUCACUCCUGCUUCAGGUUUCAGGAAGGAAACAAUACCCCUUGGGCCAAUUCACACUUCUCUUUAAUCCAUGGAAUAGACAUGAUGCUGUAUUUCUACAGAAUGAGGCUCAACGCACUGAAUAUGUAUUGAACCAGAAUGGCUUCAUCUACCUGGGCACAGCCGACUGCAUUCAGGAAGAGCCCUGGGACUUUGGUCAGUUUGAGAGAGACGUCAUGGACCUCAGCCUGAACUUACUGAGUGUGGACAAGCAAGUGAAAGACUGGAACCAGCCUGCACACGUGGCCCGCAUGGUGGGAGCAUUGUUGUAUGCCAUCAAGAGGAAGAGGGUCCUGCCUAUUUCACAGACCCAAGCUGCCCAGGAAGGUGCUUUGUUGUAUAAACGACGGGGCAGUGUGCCCAUCCUGAGGCAGUGGCUCACUGGCCAAGGACGAGCCGUGUAUGAGAUCCAGGCGUGGGUGUUUGCUGCUGUUGCUUGCACAGUGCUACGGUGCCUGGGCAUCCCAGCUCGAGUCGUUACCACAUUUGAUUCAGCCCAAGGUACCAAUGGGAGCCUGCUGGUGGAUGAGUACUACAAUGAGGAGGGACUCCAGAAUGGAGAAGGACAGAGGGGCCGUAUCUGGAUCUUCCAAACUUCUGUAGAAUGCUGGAUGAACAGACCCGAUUUGUCCCAGGGUUAUGAUGGAUGGCAGAUUCUGCACCCAAGAGCUCCUAAUGGAGUUGAAGUCCUAGGAUCCUGUAAUCUGGUCCCAGUCAGAGCAGUCAAGGAGGGGGAGCUGCAGGUGGACCCCGCAGUACCAGAGCUCUUUGCUACAGUAAAUGCCUCAUGUGUGGUCUGGAAGUGCUGUGAGGAUGGGAAGUUGGAGUUGACCAACUCCAACAAAAAGAAUGUGGGCAACUGCAUCAGCACCAAGGUUGUGGGCAGUGACCGCUGUGAAGACAUCACUCAGAACUACAAGUAUCCUGCAGGAUCUCUUCAAGAAAAGGACGUACUGGAGAGAGUCCAAAAAGAAAGAAUGAAACCUGGGAAAGACAAUGGCAUGUGUCCUCCCAGUGGUGAGCUUAGAGAGCCUCUGCACCUGUUCUUGGAAGCACCUAGCUCCCUCCCUCUGAGAGGAAAUGGCCGUCUUUCCGUGACCUUGAUUAACUCAACAGACGAGGAGAAGAAGGUGCAACUGGUGAUUGGGGCCCAGGCUUUGUACUACAAUGGAGUCCUCGCUACUGGUCUCUGGAGGCAGAAGCAGUUCCUUAUGCUUGGACCCAACCAGGUUCUGAGAAUAUCCACCAGCUUGUCCUUCGCUUGUUUUGAGCAAAACCCACCCGAGAACAGCUUUCUCAGGGUCACGGCAAUGGCGAGGCACUCCCACACCAGCCUCAGCUGCUUUGCUCGGGAAGAUGUAGCCAUUGGUAGACCGAAUCUUGUCAUUGAGAUGCCAAAUAGAGCAGCACAGUAUCAGCCCCUCACGGUCUCAGUUAGAAUGCACAACUCCUUAGACGCCCCCAUGCAGAACUGUAUCAUCUCCAUCUUUGGAAGGGGACUCAUUCACAGAGAGAAGAGAUAUGGAUUGGGUUCUGUGUGGCCAGGAAGCAGCCUGAAUACUCAGUUCCAGUUCACCCCAACACAUCUGGGACUACAAAGGCUCACUGUGGAAGUAGAUUGUGAUAUGUUCCAGAACCUGACUGGCCACAGAAGUGUCCUUGUGGUGGCCCCUGAAGUUUCUGUUUAACUCCCAAACAACCCUCAAACUUCUAAAACUAGACAUGCUCCAGAGGGAAACUCUGCCUACCAAACAACAGACUAGUGACCAAAAACCAAGCUAGACUCACAGAAACCAAAAUCCUUUUUUUCCCUUGUUUUUUGGUUAUUUGGUUGAUUGCUUGGUUGGUUGGUAUUUUUGAGACAGGGUUUCUCUAUGUAGUUCUGUUGGUCCUGGAACUCACUCUGUAGAUCAGGCUGGCCUUGAACUCAGAAAUCUGCCUGCCUCUGUCUCCCAAGUACUGGGAUUAAAGGCAUGCGCCACCAUGGCCUGGCUCCAAAAUCCAUUUGUAUCAAGCCAACCCAAGGCAGUCAGAAACACUAUUUGUCUUAGAAUAAACUCCUCUGCAUAAGUGAUAAAACAAGCCUUUGAAAAGACACUCAGAUAACUUCCCAAAGUAUAAUGAGAUGUUCUGACUACCUUUUCAGAGUACAUUUAGAUUUUGGGGCAUCCAGAUGUUUCACACCAUUUUAUUGCUCAUUAACAUAUCCAUUAACUUCCAGGAGUGAAAGAUAACCUAAAAUUUAAAUCAAUCUAUUUCUGAUGACAUAGGACAAUAUUGACUAAAAAUAGAAUUUUUACAUAAUACUAAAAUUACAUUGAUUCUUUCUUUCCCUGGUGGUUAUUGUAAAAGACCCAAAGACAAAUGGAUAGAGCUAUUAUAACACAUAGCAUAGGACCUGAAAGAAUAGUCUAAACUUAACUAUAGCUAGAUCUUCAUGAGUGCUGGUGUAUGUGGGGACCCUAUCAGGUCAUACACCAUACCUCACUGCAGCUUUACCCUGCUUUCCAGUGCAUGAUCUUCUAGAGCAGUGGUUCUUAACCUUCUAAUGCUGAGACCCAUCAGUACAGCUCCUUGUGUUGUGGUGACCCCCAACCAUAAAAUUAUUUUGUUACUACUUCAUAAUUAUAAUUUUGCUGUUGUUAUAAAUCAUAAUGUAAAUAUCUGAUAUUCAGGAUAUAUGACAUGUGACCACCAAAGGGGUCGGAGAUCCACUGGUUGAGAUCCACUGGUUUAGAACUGCUGUCCUAGAGGCACACAACAUAUAACUUCAUAGCAAUGUAGUUGGAAACAAUGUACUAAAAUGUCUAAAUUAUAAACUCUUUGCAUCAUUUUGCUUUAUAAAAAUGUGGUGUUUACAUUUGAGAAUACAUAUUAUAUUAAACAAU